CCACUCAGGAUGUGAGGUGCCAGGGCAUGCCAACUCACUGGAUAAUUGGAAAGAACGCAAAACACAACAGGAUGUUUCGCUUCCGGCUGCUUCCUGCUGCCUCGGUGGGGCUGGCCGUUGUGUCCCGACGGUAUCACGGCUUUACCAACCCAGCCCCCAGCCGUCGGAGACUGAUGAUGGCCGCGCUAGUUGGAGUGACCGCUGCCUCGGCCAGCACUGGACUGAUGUGGAAAAGAGCCAACGCGGAGGCAGCCUCCUCGGUGAAGCACUCCCCCAGGUCAGAGCGCAGUGACCCGUUGGAUGAGGAGCCUGUGAAGGGGGAGGAGUUAGAUGAUGACAAGGCAAUGGAGUCGAGCGGAGAGGAGGGGCAGCCUGAGGGGAAAAAGAAGAAACCGCGAUCUGGCUUCAGGGAUCGCAAGGUAAUGGAAUACGAGAACCGUAUCCGCGCCUACUCCACUCCUGAUAAGAUCUUCCGAUACUUCGCCACGCUGAAGAUCAUCAGUGAGCACGGAGAUUCGGAGGUCUACAUGACCCCCCAAGAUUUCGUCCGGUCGAUCACGCCCAACGAGAAACAACCAGAGAAUCUGGGGCUGGAUCAGUUCUUGGUAAAGAGAUACGAUGGGAAGAAGCUUUCCCAGGAGCGAGAGAAGUUUGCGGACGAGGACAGUAUAUUUCACAGUCUGGGCGAGUGCGGGCUCAUCUCCUUUGCGGAUUACAUAUUCCUCACCACCGUUCUCUCCACUCCUCAGAGGAAUUUCGAAAUCGCCUUCAAGAUGUUUGAUCUGAACGGAGACGGGGAAGUAGAUAUGGAGGAGUUUGAACAGGUGCAGAGCAUCAUUCGCUCGCAGACCAGCAUGGGAAUGAGGCACCGGGACCGCUCCACCACGGGAAACACCCUCAAAACGGCCUUCAGCUCCGCACUCACCACCUACUUCUGAGCGGACCUCAAGGGCAAGCUGACCAUCAAGAACUUCCUGGAGUUCCAGCGCAGACUGCAGCACGACGUCCUGAAACUGGAGGUGACUCGGCGCCUGCAGCUUUCAUUCAUUUCAUCAGCAAUGUGUUUUUCUUAUAUAGCACAGUAUCUCAAAGCCCUUGGAAUAACAUUUGACGAGGUGGAGAAUUUCUUUACCUUCUUGAAGAAUGUGAACGACGUGGACACAGCACUGAGUUUUUACCACAUGGCUGGAGCCUCCAUCGAUAAAGCAACGAUGAAGCAGGUUGCCAGAACUGUGGCGAAGGUGGAGUUGUCUGACCAUGUCUGUGACGUUGUCUUUGCACUGUUUGACUGUGACGGCAAUGGAGAGCUGAGCAACAAGGAGUUCAUCUCCAUCAUGAAGCAGCGGCUGAUGCGCGGUCUGGAAAAACCCAAAGACAUGGGCUUCACGCGACUCGUGAGAGCCAUGUUCAAGUGCGCGCAGGAGACCGCCUGGGACUUCACCAUGCCCAAGCAGCAGUAGAGGACAGAAGAGAGAGGAGUAACCAAACUAAAGGACUGGGGGGGUUGCUAUGGGAGGUCCCAUUCAGCAAGAUGGGGAGGGUUUUUAGAUUAAACGUUUGAUUUUUCGGUCAUUUUAAUUCUUGUUAAAUAAUAAAGCCAUACAAUGCAUCUUAAUUUCCGUACCCCUGGGAGAAAAGAAAAAGGUAAAAGCUAGAAAAGGGUUUCAAGGGUGUAGCUAAAAAUACAGGAGCAGGGAAAAAGCUUUUUCCUUUUUAUUUCAAAUAAAUACAUUUUUAGUGGUCGCCAAUUUUUAUUGUUUUCUCCCCAAUUUUUAGUAAUGCAGGCACCUGGCCAGACCACGGGUUGCUGGUGCGCGGUGAGCCGAGGACACCCUGGCCGACCUAGCCCGCCCGCCCUCCCUCCCCCCUGGGAGCUCGCUCGUGUCUUCAGUCGGCAAAGGAAUAGCCUAGACUCGAACCGGCGAUGUCCAGACUAUAGGGUGCAUCCUGCACUCCACAUGGAGUGCUUUUACUGGAUGUGCCACUUGGGAGCCCCUAGCUUUUCUUUUUUAGAAAAUUCCUGUAUUUUGUAAUAACGCAAACAAAAAAGUUGAUGUUGUCUUUCAAUCCACAGAUCUCGUGCUGUUUUUUAAAUCUUAACUACAUCCCAGCCUAUAUAUAUAUUAAUAAUAAUAAUAAUAAUAAUAAUAAUAAUAAUAAUAUGAGUGUGCUGCUGAAACUUGCUUAUAAUUGAAAAGUUGUUUUGCUUUUGUGUAUUUUUUUAAUGUGCUCUGCUAAAGCGAAUGUCAUUUUAAAAUAAGGCUUUGGCACACAUGAUUGCUGAGGGUUUUUUUUUUUUUUGUUGUUGUUGUGUGUGUCUACCUUUGUCUCUCUGGCUUUAGGGAAAUCAAAAGCUUUCAGUAAUAUGUACAGCGAGAUGCACAUAAACUAGGGAAAGCAAGCCCCAGUGAAAAAUAUUACCACCUAGAAAAAGAAAGUCAUUUGCAUAAAAUGACAGCCAAGAAAUGUGUUUGCUCUGGGUGAGGGACUACCUUGCAACUUUUAAAUCAUUGCUCUGCGAUUGCAAGAAGGUUACUACACACAUGGCAUUUGUAAUUGUUGAACUUUGUGGUUAAUUAUAUAUAUAUUUGCUUUUGCACAAUACUAAGCGUUCCAGGCACGUCUGUAAAAGGUGUGUUACAUGAAUUCUCCUUCAUUCUCUCUGUGUCGUGGACCUUUUUGUUUUUUAAUACAUUUUCUUCAAAUUUAAAAAUCUCUGAAGAUACAACACUAUUGAUACGUCUGCUCGUUCAUGUUAGUCCACAGCUCUUAAUGCCCGUGCCGCCUUUGCUGGGCAGUCUCUGGUUAAACACCAUAGACCACAAUUAGUAUUCUUUCUCUACCUUUUUUUAAAUGUAACUUUAGGCAAGGUUAGUGCUAAGUGGGGUCUGUGACACAAGCCAUUAGCAUGCAGCAAGUCAGAUAUUCACCAAAAGAAAAAGCAAUGAAUAAAUAAUGAACUAAUUAUGCAUUAUAUAUUAAAGAGAAGAUAUCCCCCUGUACACAUUAUUAAUUUGCUAAAAGGAGCAGGUCUCCACUGUAAGAAUGUCUCAGGAAAUAUAAAACAGAAAUGAACACUUUUAAACACCCUUCCUUUUACCUGUGUGAAUUUAGUAUACAUGCUUUCAGAUGAGAUUUCCCACAAUGCUCUGGCGCUCUGGAAUGCUUUGCCAGGGAUCAUCAGAAAGGCUGAAUUCCUGGCAAAGCUUAAGGUUUGUUUGUUCUCAAGCCUUUGGAAUGUGAAAUACAUUUUGUUUUUAUUUUGCUUUUAUUCUUUUUAUAUAUUCGGUCAUGUUUUACAGGCCUUUUUACUUUUUUGAAUGUCACGUGGUUUGAGGAUGGCUUUCCUAUGAAAGGCGCUACAUUGAUUACAUUUGAUUGAGGUUGAGCAGGGAACAACAGCAUUAGCCCGAUAGCCCUGCAGUAAUAAUGUCAGGCUGGAUAGUUCCUGAUGGAACCCAUGUCUUUCUUAAUUAGUGGCAACCAAACAUUUUCUCUCAACAGAUUCCAGAAUAAGACCUUUGGGUGUGUGGUGAAUUGAGGUAUAAUUUAUUUUCCAAUAAAUUAUACCUUGUGUCACUUGUGUAAAUAUUACAUUUAGAUGCAUGUACUGUUAAAUAAAAAAAAAAUGCUUCUUAGCAA